CCCACUCAAAACAUCUGCAAGCGAUAACACACACACACAAUGAACAUGCACAUGCAUGCUUUGUGUUAGUUUGUGUGCCAUGGUGGAGCUUUUUUGGAUACAUUAUUCCUCAUAACAACGGCACCACAAAUCCAACAUGAUGUUUCCCUCCAGGUGGGAGAUACUCAUAAUUAGCUUGUGGACACAGGUUGGAUUUCUGCCUUGGAUGCAUUGCAAAGAUGGGACUGGUGUUCAUCUGUCACAGGAAGAUCUUUUGGCGUUAAAGGAUGAGCAGAAUCCCAAAUGUUUCGCUCGGACAAAAUGGGAUGGCAUCUGCUUCUUUGAGAGUGCAGACAACGGGACCUAUGAUUUGUUCCACAAGGUUGAAGAAUGGAACAUGUGCCAAAUGUCUGUUCAGGAAACAGAGGAGGGAAAGUUUCUUCACAUCUGCUCAUUUUCCCCACAUUUUUAUGUUGAGACAAAUGUUAUAGUGGUCAAGCACAACACCAAUGCCACCUUCUACAAUCGGACUGUCAAUAUGGAUGAAUUAAUGCUACUGAAUCCCCCCUUCAGUGUGUCUUUACACCAAACUGGCAAAGCUGGACAGCUGAAGGUUUCAUGGAAAUCCAAUAUCUCUAAAUACGAUAAAGAUAAUGUGAUCUAUAGGAUUCGAUACUCCUCCAAGACGCUAGGAGAGACACGUGAGGCAAAGGAGGGCGAAAUACUCGACUCUCUGGAACCAGGGGAGGAGGUUGAGGUCCAGGUCCAGGUCAAAUCUAGGUUUUCAAGGACGGGACUCUGGAGCAGCUGGUCACACCCUGUAAGAGCUGUGGUUCCCCAAAGUGCAGACAAUAUUUCAACAAAGUGCUACACACCUGACCUGCAAAAUAUCAUCUGUCAGUGGAAUGGGAGCAGAUAUGGCGAAGAUAAUGAGUAUAAACUUUACUACAAGACGAAUCUCAGUGAAGUUUCGGGCUGGACAGAUUGGACGGAGUGUCUCGCUGACAGGAACUUGACUGGCCAGUGCAGUUUCCGUGGGGAGGAGUCCAGAAAAGUCAUGGUCAAGCUCAGCAACGCUCCAGCUCCACUCAGCAGAACCUUCUAUACUCAAGAGUUCACUCUCAGAAACAACAUCAAAACCUCCCCACCAAGUCAUCUGAGAGGAGCUCUCGAGAACUGGAGGCUGUGCUUGAAUUGGGAAGCUCCGCCAUCUCCAUCAGCUCAUCUGCAAUAUGAAAUCAGCUACCAGAUCACAAGGAAGGGAGAGAAAACGGUUGCAGCUCUGUAUGAUUGUCAGUCUGGCGACUGUCUGACGGUUCCAGCAGGUAGCAAGUACGGUGUUAAGAUCAGAGCAAGACCUAUGGGCUCCAUUUACUGGAGUGACUGGUCAGAUGAGCUUACUGGUGGCACUCCCGCUGAUGACAACACAUUGUUGCUGCUGUUUAUCCCUGCUUUGGUGCUGAUAACUGCUAUCGUCCUCAUAUACCAGUUUAACACUCCUCUCAGGAAGUUCAAGCUGUAUUUUUGGCCGCCUGUGCCCAACCUUGAUAAAGUCCUUCAAGGCUAUCUGACUGAGAUCAACGGGCAGACCUGGAACCCUCCACUGAUAACAAAGCAGUGCUCUGAAGAAACCAUCCCGUCUCUGGUGGAGAUAAUGUCUGACGAUGAGGUCUCAGGAUCGGGGAAGCCACAAGAGGAAUCCACCCAGCUGCUGUCACCAGAGGGAAGCUUCUUAUGCAGGGAACAGGCAGAUGGAAGUCCUGGAACGGAAGUCUUUCCAGACUAUGUGACUCUCAACAAGGACAGUGUCAUUCUUUGCCCAAAAGGAAACAAGUAUUUUGUCGAGUAUGAGAUAAGUAUGUGUGAGAAAGAAGCCCCGGCAGUGAAGAAUGAGCUCCUCCAAUCAUGUAACUCCUCCUGCGCUGAUGGCUCAGUCUGUACCAAACCCUGCUGCACGGACUUUCUGAACCAUUCCUACUUGCUUCUGGCUGAGCCUGCAGGCGGAGUCCACUGCAAGGUCACUGCUAUGAGGGUGCCCGGCAACCUCUACACUAACUUACCCUGCAGCUAAGUGUACGGCAUAACUAGUAGAUUUUCCUUCCAAUCGUGCAGGUUGAUGAAAUAUACUUUGCACUUUUUCAUUGACAUAACAACUUGUUGUAAAUUGACAUUUCAGUAGCUCCAGUGGUGAAAAAGGCUUUUGAGGAUUAAAGCACCCCACAACUUAAGCAAAGGUGUGUUACAGUACCUUGUAGCUGCAGUGUAAUGGGGGCUAGUUUAGUCAAGUCAUUUCUACAUAUAUAUAUAUAGCCUUAUAUAUCACAAAUCGGCAAGACAACACCAUUCACACAGAGAGGAGAAACAAACGCACUGAGGGAGAGAGAGCCAUGAUAACAAUGGAAACUAUGGACAGGGGGAGAAGGGGUGAAGCCGAGUCUCCUGAGGGACGACGAUCUUGCAGGAGAUUCAGAUUUAAUCAUGGCGUCUUCUCAUCAUUUGUCACUCUUAUUAGACAGUUCAAGCUUUUUACUCAAACGCUGUUUAAGAUAUUUAGGAAUAAUAUUUUAUCUGUUACUUCUGUUUUCUUAGUAUUUGUGUGGAGCUUCCCACACUUCAUUGCUGGCAGUUUGUCUACUGUUGUGUCUGUUUUUGUUUUUUUUUUGGCCACUAGAGGGAACAGUAGAUCAUGUGAUCCUUGGUGAAAAUAAAGGAAAGGACCCCUCUCUGGUGGAGGAGAUGGGGGUACAUUGUGUGGACCUGCUUUUCAGAGUACUCUUAAAUGUUCAGAGUAACUUUGUGGGAAAAAAAGGUGUCAUGAGGGAUUUGGACUUGAUGUUUGUACAUUUUUUAUAUAGCAUUUGAAUGUAACCUUCACUCAUUUAUUCAUGUAUUUUUUCUUCCUAUUCUGAAUGAUCAGGAUCUGAAAUACCACUGGGCGUUGGUUUCUCCUUUGCCCUUACAUUGUUUGCUGUAUAGUCAUUUGCUCGUUUGUAUCGCACAUAUUUUCUUGUGGAAUCUUUUGAUCUGUCAGAAUCCCUCUCAGGGUGGAGGGGGUCGACAUGGAAGCGACAUGUAACCAAAACUGCUUUCCACCUUUCUAAGCUUAGUUCAUGAUCCAUUACAUUAUAACGUGAUGGUUUGUAUUUUUGGCAAUAAACACUGUAAAAGUUAUUUUUCUACCAGUUGCAUUUCUUCUGAGGUCAACUAUAACAAAUGAGACCUUUUUGG